AAGCUGAACGUCCCCGUGCGCCAGCAGCGGCUGCUGUUCAAGGGCAAGGCCCUGGCAGAUGGAAAACGACUGUCCGAUUACAGCAUUGGGCCGAAUUCCAAGCUCAACCUGGUGGUCAAGCCUCUGGAGAAGGUGCUACUGGCAGAAGGCCCUGCCCAGAGCCCUGCCGGCCCGCCGCCCCCGCCCGCCUGGCAGCUGAUCUCCAAAGUCCUGGCCCGCCACUUCAGCGCAGCAGAUGCCAGCAGGGUGCUGGAACAACUGCAGAGGGAUUAUGAGAGAUCACUGAGCCGCCUGACGCUGGAUGACAUCGAACGCUUGGCCAGCCGCUUCCUGCACCCGGAAGUGACUGAGGCUGUGGAGAAGGGCUUCUGCAAAUAGCAUUCUUGGAGUAUGGGGGGGCCCCCAGGCCGGGCCAUAGCUGCAUGUUGCAUUAAAUGUGUUCUCUGUUGCAGUCUG